CUGUGGUGGGGAGUUGACAGCUGUCAACAAUAACUUUCUUAUAUAUUUACAUAUUUAUAAAUACUUUUAAUACUAUUUAAUUGACAUAUUUUAAAAUACAAAUAAUCAUCAGUAAAGUUAAGCAAAAUAUUGGUAUUUAACAUAUCUGUAAGAACAGUCCAACCGCCGAGAUGUAUUGUAAAAGUGUGGUCCUGGAACAGACGGUGAGCCAGCCGGAUGUGACCGCCGUACGUGUCAAGCAGGAGGUUCGGGAGCCACAGUCGGAUACUGAUGCAGUCAUUGUACCUGGAGCUGGUGCACAUGUCUGUUGCAGAAUUAAACAAGAGAUCCUCCCCAUAUUUUACGAAGAGUCUCCAGAGUCCAGACCAGAAGAAGACACAGUGCUGAAACAAUCGAUUAAACAAGAAAUCAUCGAGUACGAUGUAGAUAUAACUGGAGUUGUGAAGACAGAGUGUGUUGCCACUGCUAAAACACCAACAAAACAGUAUGAGAGUUGUAACACUGAACAAGAGACGAGUAAACUUGAUGUCGUUCAGUAUGGUGUAGACGGAGCUGGAGUUGUAAAGUCGGAGUGUGUUGACGCAACUGAGCAUUCAGCAGUAGGCCACCACACAUGUUCAGGCAAGGAAAAAGAUAAUCUCAUAAAACUGUAUGAGGAUCAUGCAAUAAAGAGUGAGUUGGUUAUAGGACCAACAGUUGUUCAAACAGGGACAGCUUCUGGAGCUGCAAACCAUUUGUCACGUUCAAAAGAUGGUUGUAAAAAUGUGCUGAAUACUGAGGAUGAUGUCCACAUAUCCAAGCACCAAGAUAGGACAGUGGCAACUGGUACAUUGUACUCAUGUGAUAUAUGCAGAGAGACAUUCAAAUCCUAUAAUGCAAUAGAACACCAUAUGUCAGUACAUAUGGGCCAGAAAUCAUAUAAAAAUUGCAAAACUGCUUUUAAACCUAAAUUGGAUACUCGUGGAGAGCCAUACAGAUGUAAAGAAUGCAAGAAGUGUUAUAGUUCACAUGGUUGUUUAAAAGUACAUAUGCAAACACAUACAAGAGAAAAAUCAUACAAGUGUGAUGUGUGUGAUAAAUGUUUUAAUACACAUAUAUAUUUAAAAAUGCAUAUACGUACACAUACAGGGAAAAGGCCAUACAUUUGUGAUGUGUGUAAGAAAUGUUUCAGUAAAAGUGAACAUUUGAAGGUACAUAUGAGAACACAUACAGGAGAAAAGCCAUACAGUUGUGAUGUGUGUAAGAAAUGUUUUAGUAGAAAUGAAUAUUUAAAGGGACAUAUGAGAACACAUACAGGAGAGAAGCCAUACAGUUGUCAUGUGUGUAAGAAGUGUUUUAAUAAAUCUGGAAAUUUGAAGAAACAUAUGCAAACACAUACAGGAGAGAAGCCAUACAGUUGUGUUGUAUGUAAGAAAUGUUUUAAGUCAUCCGGAGAUUUGAAAAAACAUAUGCUAUUACAUACAGGAGAGAAGCCAUACAGUUGUGAUGUGUGUAAGAAGUGUUUUAAUAAAUCUGGAAAUUUGAAGAAACAUAUGCAAACACAUACAGGAGAGAAGCCAUACAGUUGUGAUGUGUGCAAGAAAUGUUUUAGUACCAAUGAAAGUUUGAAGAGACAUAUGAGUGUACAUACAAGGGAAAAGCCAUAUACUUGUGACGUAUGUAAAAAAUGUUUUCGUACAAGUAGAUAUUUGAAAAGACAUAUGCAAAUACAUACAGGAGAAAAGCCAUACAGUUGUGAUAUGUGUAAGAAAUGUUUCAGUACACAUGGACUCUUGAAAAUACAUAUACGUACACAUACAGGAGAAAAGCCAUACAAUUGUAGCAUGUGUAAGAAAUGUUUUAAUAGUAAUGAAAAUUUGAAGGUACAUAUACGUACACAUACAGGAGAAAAGCCAUACAGUUGUGAUAUAUGUAAGAAAUGUUUUAGUAGACAUGGACUUUUGAAGAAUCAUAUACGUACACAUACAGGAGAAAAGCCAUACAAUUGUAGCAUGUGUAAGAAAUGUUUUAAUACAAAGGCAGAUUUGGAGAUACAUAUACGUACACAUACAGGAGAGAAGCCAUACAGUUGUGAUGUGUGUAAGAAGUGUUUCACUUCACAUAGAUAUUUGAAGCUACACACGCAAUUACAUACAGAAGAUAAGCCAUACAGUUGUAAUGUCUGUCAAAAAUGUUUUAGAACACGGUCACAUUUGAAGAGACAUAUGAGUGUACAUACAGGAGAAUAGCCAUAUAGUCUACAAACUACAUAGAAAUGCUAAUGUAUCAGAGGAACAGCCUAGCUACAUUGAAAUGGACCAAUGGUGGGAUUCUAGAUCCUAUAUGACAGUAGUUUAUCUUUUAAUUACUAUGUAGGGAAAUGAGAGAAAAAUUGAUGAAAAUAAACUAAAAUAAAUAAAUAAAUAAUAAUCUUUAUUUUCUACUCACAAGGAAUAUUUUACAUUGUGUGACUGUAUUUAGUAUUUUAACUUAAAAUUAUUAUCCUUGUGAGAGUCUGGAGUCUGAACUAGGUCGAAACCUGUACUACAGAUCUGCAGGCUCUCUCCGGAGUGUUACAAUAUAGUACUGAACAUCUACAUUAUUAUAUCAGUACAAGUAUUGUGAGGGGGCAAACGAGCAUGCGGCUCACCUGAUGGUAAGUGACUACCGCCGCCCAUGAUCACCCACAACACCAGCGGAAUUGCAGGUGUGCUGCCGGCCUUUUUAAUAAUAACAAAAAAAUAUUCAUAUAUAUUAAGAGGCACAGAUAUGGCUACUUGGAGGAUUAGGUUAGUAAUAAAAUUGCCAAAUAAGCAGAAACCAUUUAAUAAAUUAAAAUAAAUAAAUAAUUUAUUUGGCUUUUAUUUUUAUGAAUUUU